CUUCGGCUGUCAGGGCAUGAUGGGAGUUGUAGUUUUGCAGCAGCUAAAGAGCCGCUGCUUGGGGAACGCUUAUCUUGCAGUGCAACAUUCUAUUACUUCCCCAUUGAAGUUUAUGCUUCUGCAGAAUGACUGGGAUCUUUCCAAUGCACAUACAACACAAUGUUUAUUUUUUUCCCUCCAGUGCUGGAUGGUGUCUGGCAGCAGUUUAUCUUCUCCAAAUCCUUAUAAUCAGCAGUGUCGGAGGUGUCUGGCAGCAGCCUAUCUUCUACUACUCCUUAUAGACAGUAGUGCGGAGGUGUCUGUCAGCAGCUUAUCUUCUCCCAAUCCUUAUAAUCAGCAGUGUUGGAGGUGUCUGGCAGCAGCUUAUCUUCUCCAAAUCCUUAUAAUCAGCAGUGUCGGAGGUGUCUGGCAGCAGCCUAUCUUCUACUACUCCUUAUAGACAGUGGUGCAGAAGUUUCUGGCAGCAGCAUAUCUUCUCCUAAUCCUUAGACAGUGGUGCGGAGGUGUCUGGCAGCAGUUUAUCUUCUCCAAAUCCUUAUAAUCAGCAGUGUUGGAGGUGUCUGGCAGCAGCUUAUCUUCUCCAAAUCCUUAUAAUCAGCAGUGUCGGAGGUGUCUGGCAGCAGCCUAUCUUCUACUACUCCUUAUAGACAGUGGUGCAGAAGUUUCUGGCAGCAGCAUAUCUUCUCCUAAUCCUUAUAGACAGUGGUGCGGAGGUGUCUGGCAGCAGCUUAUCUUCUCCCAAUCCUUCUAAACAGCAGUGUUGGAGGCUUCACUGAUUGGCUGAAAUGGCUCGCUUACUCACCAAGUCCUGCUUCUUGAAAGGGGGUCCGUCCUGUGCCCCGGGUUCCGUCUUGCUCAGGGCAUACAGCUCCAGAGAUGGUGACACACAAUACUUGCACAAAAGCAUCGUCCCAACCAUGCACUUCCAGAAAAGUCUACCUAGGUUGCCAAUUCCUAAACUUGAAGACACAGUAAAAAGAUACUUGAACGCACAGCGACCACUCCUAGAUGAUGAACAGUUCAGCAAGACUGAGCAGCUGGCACGGAAUUUCCAGAACGGUGUAGGGCAGCAGCUGCACGAGGAGCUCGUCCGGCAGGAUAAGCAGAACAAACACACAAGCUACAUCUCCGGUCCAUGGUUUGACAUGUAUCUCUGCGCAAGGGAGUCCAUUGUUCUUAAUUUUAACCCAUUUAUGUCCUUCACUCCUGAUCCGAAGCCAGAGUAUAACAACCAGCUUCUCAGGGCCACAAACAUGACUGUGUCAGCCAUGCGUUUCCUAAAGACCAUUAGAGGCAGCCAUUUGGAGCCAGAAAUUUUCCACUUGAACCCUGCUAAAAGUGACACAGAAAGAUUCAGGAAACUUAUUCGUCUUGUGCCUCCCUCCCUUUCUUGGUACGGUGCGUACAUGGUAAAUGCUUACCCCUUGGACAUGUCUCAGUAUUUCCGUCUCUUUAACUCUACCCGCAUACCGAAGCUGAACAAAGAUGAACUGGUAACCGAUGAGAAGGGAAGACACCUCCUGGUCCUCAGAAAGGGGAACUUUUAUGUAUUUGAUGUAUUAGAUAGAGAUGGAAACAUAGUGAAAGCAUCCGAAAUCCAUGCCCAUCUGAAGCACAUCCUGUCAGAUUCAAGCCCCACAUCAGAAUUCCCCUUGGGGUAUCUGACAAGUGAAAAUAGAAAUACAUGGGCGCAAGUAAGGCAGAAGCUUAUUGACCAAGGCAACCAUGAUGCUCUAAAGAAAAUCGAUUCUGCCGUGUUUUGUCUAUGUCUGGAUGAUUUUCCAACUAGAGAUCACAUUCACCUGUCACACAACAUGCUCCACGGAUCUGGUGUCAAUCGGUGGUUUGAUAAGUCGUUCAGCAUCAUCAUGACGGAGGACGGGACGGCGGCCAUUAACUUUGAGCACUCGUGGGGAGAUGGAGUCGCUGUUCUACGAUUCCAAAAUGAGGUUUUCAAGGAUAGCACAGAGAGGCCGAGUAUAUCACCGCAGAGCGCUGCAGCAGCCGUGGACUCCAGUCAGGCUGUUCAAAAACUGACCUUCAAUCUGGACGACUCCCUCAAAGCGGCGGUAUCUGAGGCUAAGAAGAACUUCGAUGCAUUAGUGGGUUCCCUAACCAUCGCAGCCAUGGAAUUUAAGAGAGGAGGGAAGGAGUUCCUGAAAACUCAGAAGCUCAGUCCUGAUGCCGUAUCUCAGCUCUCUUUCCAAAUGGCGUUCCUGAGGCAGUAUGGGCAGACGACCGCAACUUAUGAAUCGUGUAGUACAGCAGCCUUCAAACAUGGCAGAACAGAGACCAUCCGUCCUGCCUCCAUUUAUACCAAAAAGUGCUCCGAAGCUUUUGUGAAUAAUCCCUCUAAACAUACCCCGGCAGAGCUAAAGACAAUGCUGCAGGAAUGCUCCAAAUAUCAUGGACAGCUGACAAAAGAGGCCGCAAUGGGUCAAGGCUUUGACAGGCAUCUGUUUGCCUUAAAAUACUUAGCAGCUGGAAAAGGCAUGAAUGUCCCAGACCUGUUCCAGGAUCCAGCCUAUGCACGUAUCAAUCAUAACGUCCUAUCUACCAGCACCCUGACCAGCCCGGCCGUGCAGCUUGGAGGCUUUGCCCCUGUGGUCCCGGAUGGAUUCGGAGUGGGCUAUGGAGUACAUGAGGACUGGAUUGGAUGCAAUGUAUCUGCCUAUCCGGCACGUGAUGUUAAGCAGUUUGUGCAGUGUGUGCAUCAAUCCCUGGAGGACAUUUUCAAAGUUUUGGAAGACAAACGUGUUAAUAAAUAGAUGAGAUGCUGCUGAUUGCUGGACGAUGAAGAACUGGUGCCUUUUUUUUUUUUACUCUCUACCACUGUACUUACAGCCUAAAUUGUACAGUGUAGUUGAGGUGUCUAUAGAUUUAACAAUGUAAGGGAACCUGUCAUCAGAUUUUACCGUAUAUAAUGAACGUCUCCCAGGGAUGGUAAGGAUGAAGAUUUUACUAAUUAUAUCUAUCUAUCAUAAAAUAUUCAUCCUUACCAUCCCUGGGAGACGUUCUUGUCGGCAGGGAUGGUGAGAAUAUCUAGUUUGAAAGUGUUCCCGCCUGCCCCAUAAAUAGUCCUCUUGGCAAGGAGCUAUACUUGCCUAGUCCUACUGUAAUCAUGCCCCCUUAGCAUGAUUGACAGCCCGGGCAUGGCCCACAUUAUCGCUCUGCUCCGUCUGCUUAGGCAGCAGAGCUGUGACGAGGGCUGUCACUCAUGCUAAGGGGGCGGGAUAAAAGAUGGAGGAGCAGGACUAGGGGAGUAUAGCUCCCCGCCCAGGGGACUGCUUACAGGGGACACUUUUUAACUAUAUGGGGGAGAUUUAUCAAAACCUGUCCAGAGGAAAAGUUGCUGAGUUGCCCAUAGCAACCAAUCAGAUCACUUCUUUCAUUUCUGAAAACGCCUCUGAAAAGUGAAAGUGAUCUGAUUGGUUGCUAUGGGCAACUCAGAAACUUUUCCUCUAGACAGGUUUUGAUAAAUCUCCCCCUAUAUCCUCAUCAUUGCUGCUGACAGGAAGGUGGAUGGCGAGAGAAAAUUUUACCAUAUAUGACGCAAUGCCACACGUUGUAUAUGGUAAAAUCUGAUGACAGGUUCCCUUAAACUGCAUAAGGAUGCAGUCUCAAAACUGUGGCCUUCUUUUGUUCACAUAAAGAGAGUAAAAAAAACAGCAAUAGUGUUAUUGUGAUAUGUCAUUACUAUUAAUGAACUUAGCAGAUGUAACAGUAGGAAUAAAAAUCAAAAUCUUAAAACAUCUAUAAAAAUUUUAUAGAUUUUGUACUGUGUCUGAUCAGAUAGAGUUGGAUUAUCAAGGAUUGGAUGAAUGUCAUGGAAUCUUAAACAAAGUAAAAGACUUCACCUAUGGGGUUUAAAGGAGUACUCUAGCGCUGACCAUUCCUCCUCCAUUCUGCCCGGGCUGAAAAAAAUAAAAAAUGAAAAACUUUCACCUUCCUGCGUUCCCCUGGAGCUCAGCUACAGCUGUUCGUCCUCCGGUCCAGUCUUCUUCCUCCUUUCCCGUGCACGGAUCGUCACACAGUGCUCAGCCUAUCACCGGCCAAGGCGGGACAUCACUGCGGCCGGUGAUAGACUGAGCGCCGUUUGACAAUCUGUGCACAAGAAAGAAGACCGGACCGGAGGACCGAACAGCUGUAGCAGAGCUCCAGGGGAACACAGGAAGGUGAGUGAAAGCUUAUUUUCAUUUUUUUUUUUUUUUUUCCAGCCCGGGCAGAGUGGAGGAGGAAUGGUCGGCGCUAGAGUACUCCUUUUUAAUGUUGUUUGGUUGGGCAUUCAAUAAUGGCACCUACCCCUGAACAUGCAAGAGGCAUCGCUGUACUGUAUAGCUGUCACCAAUGAGCCUAGUUAUUGUGUGAUUUCAGGUGUUAAUGAUUGAUGUACCGAGAUGCUACAUGAUGUCACAAUUUAUCAACAUAAAUUUAACAUUUUAAAUAAUUGCA